GCCUUUGCUCAUAUAGAGUUCAGCUGUCCUGCAGUGAGCAUCUGUAUAUGAUGGGGAGUUUUCAGCCUUUAUAUUUUCAAAUUCUAUAUCUUCUAAUAUCAGCUUUAUUGGAAUGCAAAGUUCAGACAGCGAGACCCUGCAAGGUCCAUCGGUUGAACAUAAACUAUGUUCAGGGCGACAAUAUGACUAUUUCUUGCCUAACCACAACCCACCCGCUGGAGUCUCUGACAGUGAAACUACGCAGAACAAACCCGGUUCAACACAUCCUAAUGUAUUCAGACAACUCUCCAGCAUUAGAGCAUCAGAGAUGGUCAGUGAGAAAUGAUGCUGGAAAUGUUACACUUGAUCUGAAAGAUAUCAGUUUAUCUGAUCAAGGUCAUUAUGAAUGUGAAGUCUACAAAGAUUGGGACUGCUUUAAAGCUACUCAAUUUAACCUGAGUGUCAUAAAGUGUAAAACUUUGAACUCAGUUCAUGCAACGCCAGAUAUGUCAGUUUUGCUGCCAUGCUCUGAACAUCCACUGCAAAACAGAACUGAUCAAGCAAUUUGGAAAAUCGUUAUUGGUCACCAAUCAGUAGAGAUAAGCAAAUAUCGCCCUCCACACAAGCCCUCAAACAGCACAGAGAGAGUCCCGAGGCCUCUGUAUGAGAGAGCGAGAAUACUUGGGAAUGGAUCUCUGCUUAUAAGGGAUGCAGUAAACACUGAUGGAUCAUGGUAUCAGUGCAGAGUGAGUGAAAAAACCUGCUAUGAGGUGAAGCUGGUCAUGAAAGGUAAUGGGACAUCUCAUUCGACAACAAAAUUGGAAACACUUUCCACAACUUAUCACACAGCUUACAGUCGUGUUGUCCAGACUGAAGGCAACAUUGAUGCGAGUGCAGAAGUGACAACUAAUCUGAUAGCAGUAGUGAUGACCGCGAUAGUGUCUCUGUGUGUCCUCAUAUCACUGAUCAUCUGUGUGAUUCUUUAUUUCAAAAAAAGAAGGAUCAAUAUCAACAGCCAAACAACAUCAAAUUGCCGGUUCUCUGCAUAUUAUUCCCAAAUUGCAGAAGGAUUUGAUGUCCCAUUGUAUGCUUUAGUGGAACGAAGCACAGGAACCAUGACCACCUUUGCACAAGAAGAUCCAGCAUGUAUUGUAAACCAUGACAUGUAUGAAAUUUGAACAUUGUGAAAUUAAUAAUUGUAAGGCUUUUUAAUGUUUUUUGACAUGACCGUCUUUGAGUAAUUCCUAAUUUAGUAAUUAGUCGCUAAUUAUAAUAAAGGGGAAAAUCUGUCAUACAAACUA